AGGAGGGAAGCAGAGUUGUAGUUGUUUUGUGCUGGGCUAACAGACGCUAGAUUGGGGCUUCUCAAGUUUAUACCUGAUAUUAUUUCUGCUUAAAGCAAUGAGCUUUAUAUUUUGUGUGUUGCUGCCAUGGGUACUUCUUGUUGGGGAGCUUCAAGCAAGUAUGAAACCUUCCUAUCUUGGCUUUGGAAAUCUUGAUGCCAGUAAGCAGGUCUCGGGUGACCAGCUUCAUCAGUUGCCACACUGGUUCCACCCUACGCGCCAGGACCAGGCCCAGCCUCAGCCUCGGAGCUCUCUGGCUCCUAGCUCUCAGCCCAAGGUCCAACCCCAGUCUCGCAGCUACCUCCCCCAGCCAUUGCUGCAAGCUCAUGGUUCUCAACCACAAGUCCAGCCCCUGUCACAGCCCCUGGUGCAGGCUCGCAGCUAUCAAUCUCAGCCACAGGUUCAUAGUUACUGGGCUGAGGCCUAUCCCCAGCUGCAGAUUCGCAGUCAAGGCCAUCCUGAGAUCCAGGGUCCCCCCCAGGUCCGUCCCCACACCCAGCCUCGGAGCUUUCAGAAUCGUCCCCAAGUCCAACCACAGCCUCGCAGGAUUGAGGGCCACCCCAAGACCCAGAUGCAGCCUCAGCCUCGUACCUUUCAGGGCCAACCCCAGACACAGACUCAGCUGCAGCCUCGCAACUUUCAGGGUCAUCCUCAGGGCCGUCCCCAAUUCCAGCUUGAGGGUCAUCCCCAGAACCAGUUGCAGCCUCACAGCUUUCAUGGCUAUUCCUACCAGCCACAGCCUCGCAUCUAUCGUGGCUAUCCCCAGGCUCAGCUGAAGUCACAGCUUCAGCCUCGUAGCUUUCAGGGCCAUCCCCAGGUACAGACCCAGCCACAGCCUCGCAGCUUUCAGGGUAGUUCCCAGAUCCAGACACAGCCUCAUAGCCAUCAAGGCCAUCCCAAGACCCAGCCACAGCGCCAGACCCAGCCACAGCCUCGCAGCUUUCAGGGCUAUGCCCACCAGCCACAGCCCCAUAGCUUUCAGGGCCAUGCCCUGAACCAGCUGCAGCCCCGCAGCUUUCAAGGCCAGGCUUAUCCCCAGGCGCAGCCACAGCCUCGUACCUUUCAGGGCCAUCUCCAGGUCCAGACGCAGCCACAGCCUCGCAGCUUUCAGGGCCAGGUACAGACGCAGCCACAGGUUCGUACCUUUCAUGGCCAUCCCCAGGUCCGUCCCCAGACCCAGCUUCGUAGCCAUCAAGUCCAUCCUGAGACCCAGCUGCCGACCCAGCCACAGCCUCGCAGCAAUCAGGGCCAUCCCCAUGCCCAGCUGAAGUCCCAAAUGCAGCCCAGCAGCUUUCAGGGCCAUGCCCAUCCUCGGGCCCAAAUCCAGACCCAGCUGCGGCCUCGCAGCUUUCAGGGCCAGGGUCAUCCCAAGGCCCAGACCCAGCUGCAGUCUCUCAGCUUUCAGCCUGAAGGCUAUCAGGCUGACUCACUGCCACAACCUCGUAGUUCUCCGGCUCAGCCCCAAGACCAGCUGCAUGCUAGCAGUUCUCAGUCACGGGGCCACCUAAAGCCUCGCAGUCAUCAUGCUCGGGCCAAGACACAGCCUCAUAGUUAUCCAGCAUAUCCACAUGCCCAUUCUUACUAUCAGACUCAAAUCCCAAUACAGGCACGCAGCUAUCAAAUGCGUCCUCGGAUGAUGCGUUACCAGCACAGACCUCAUCUUCAGCCUUGGGUCCGGGCAACUGGCACAAACCACCAGAUUCUGCAAGGGGCUUAACCGAAGAGGGCCAACAUCAGAAGAUUGAUCAUUAACUGCAUGGAUACAAUUAAACUGAUCUUUAGGGGAAAUGUAAAUAAAUCUUUCUAGAUGA